AGCGACCUUGGGAUGCCGUUAAAGAGCUGGAGACCAUCCAAAAAGAAGUUCAGGAUCAACAGCAGCAGAGCAGCAAACAGCCCAGCGUAGAUAAGUGCAUAGAGGACCUAAACGAGGCCUACAAAGACAUCUUGGAGCUAGGCACUGCCAGCAAUAAAGUCCCAGAUGGUUCUGUUCAAAUCCCCGAGCGUAUAAAGAUCCGAUUGACAUCUGAACCUCUUAAUAAGCCCAGCAGCCUGAGGCGCAGUGCAGUUAGUUGGUCAGUCGACCCAGAAUACAGGGAAGUCAAGAGCGCCUUCUCCAGGCCUGCAACAAAGUCGGUAACCUUCAGCAAGCAGCUUAGGGAGGAGCUCCCUGUCCCACCUCGGGAGACAGGCUUCAGAGAAUACAGGGUAAUCUCGCAUCUUUCGCGCAGACGCAGCAAUGACGGCAGGACAGUAAAACUAGACCUGCCAGACGAGCCUAUUGAGACACCACUCAGUGACUUCAGUCCAACGACGCACACCGCAGCAGCUGAAGUGCCAUGGGCGGAUAGGCAGCCCAUGCAGGAUGCCUCCACACUCACUAGUCCUCCCGAUUACGAAGACAUAUGCCAGACUUUGCGCCAGACCAGAGACCCUGCAGAUGCCAACAAAGUGUCCACAGGCAAUCUGAAACCUAAUGACGCAGAGUCUCUUCAAGAUCUUAGUGUGGAAUCGGAUGAGGAUUGUCCUAUAUGUAAAAGAGAGCUUGAGAAUCAGAUGAGACAGGGCCCACUGCCUCCACUUCACGAGGAGAACAGCUCGGACAGUUCGGCCAAUCAAAAUGCCAGUCCACCGCAACGUGCUGCGUUAGAAAGUCCGGCAGAGGAUACAAAAUUAGAGGACCCGAACGACUCAAGCUCGGAUCAGGUGGGGUCUGAUGUAACAAGAGAACAGCCUUCAUUGAGACAGGACAAUGAGGAAGGAGAAGAAAAAACAGACAAUGCUGUGGCAGAAAACUUGAAUAAUUUGUGCUCAAUUAAUCCCGCUGAGAGCACACUAGCCGUUGGAGCUACAGAGCAGAUUGCAUCGAAAAUGUUAGCAACUGAUGUGCCUGCAGACCCCAAAGUCACAGAAAAACAGAGUGCAGGUGAAGCACUCACUAUGGAAGUAGAAUUAGUACAGAAAGACGUCAUUACAGGUGAAACAGCAGAAGGCAGUGCAGACAAACAGACAGCUGAAAUGAAAAGUGAGGGUGAGGGACAAGAUGCUUCUAAUUAUAAACAGGAGCAAGAGAAGAAGCCAUUUGCUGUCCCAGAGCAUAGACUCGGUCUACGGACUCAUCUGGGGCGAGACCACCCAGGGUUACCAGAGUUUCCACCAGAUAGACUGCCACUCUCUGUUCCGCCAAACCUAGACCGCAGGCUGUCUUUAAGUUUGGAAGGGGAGAAAAGGAGCAAGGGCCCCUCCCACCGGAUUGAAGCAUUGCAGAAUAAGCUUGCCAUUUCUCCAGGUCGAGUGGCAGUCGAACGUCUGGCUCGGAUGAGGGAGGUGGACGUCAUGUAUCGUAUGAGGCGCCUUAGCAUCAGGAGCAAUGACUCUGGGGAUGGGGAGGGGGAGGGCGGUGCAGAGGCAGAGGGGGAGGGCAAGGACGAACAAACAGAGGAGCUCCAUCCUGCUCCUCAAAGAGACAAGGAUAACAUUCAAGAGGUCACCCAAUCACAGCAGGUCUCUGAGGAGAAAAAAUUGCAAGAUGAGGCGGAGCCAUCUCUCUCAGAACACCAUGAUCCCAGCCAAGUGGAGAUAGAGUAGAAAGACUGCGUCAAUCAUCUCCAUCAGAGGUUUUUAGCUCCAACACUGUGACCUGGCUGCCUACUAGAAUGCCUUCAUCUCAUCUUGACACUGAAAUGGCCUUCUUGUCCGACAAGAGCAUUGUGUACACCCUCACCCUUGGCGCUGCGUUGACUUCUAAGAGUGCUGUUCCACUGCCAAAGGGAGGUGCCCUUUUAACUUGUGGGGGCAACUUCCACCCCAAGUCCGUCCCCAGCCUACCCAAACUGACUCCCCACUACCCCAUCUAUCCUCCAUCCCCAAGCCCAUCCUCUUUAAGGGUUUCUACUAUUAGUCUUCUUGUAGCGGCUUGUCCUUUCUAUUCUAUCCUCCCUAUGCUUUUCUCAUUAGCAGACAUUAUGCAAUUCUGUCGUGCAUACUAAACUUUGAAGAAGUCCAUAGUGAAUACAGUCGAGGGAGUUUUUCUUUGCAAAAUGAACAAAUCCGUUUGUUUAUGGGCAAGCUGUAAAGGAUAUGAAUGUAAGCAUUUAUGUUUAACCUAAUGUAGACAUAGAAAGGUUAUUGUCACAAACCUGUUCUGUUGCAUUUAAACUACACCAAAAUAAACUUUGUAUCUGAUUGUCGUAGUGAGGCGACAGCUGUUUUAGAACUGGACAUCACUGUCACUGGCUUAAGAACUGUUUUGAUUUUCAGAUGAGAUUAAUCAGCCUUUCUUUUUUAAGAUUAAAUGACAUUGUGCCCUGACUCAUUGCUUUUGUACACUCUGCAACCAUAACCCAUAUAGCUCUUCAAUGAAGAGCAAGUCUGCACCACUCGAACAUGAUAGAUCAGUAACCUACUGUACGAUACAUUGGUUCUACGCUGGAGAGGGAGAGUCGCCUUCUUAAAGUACGUUAGUCCCCAGAUCAAUGCGAUGUAUAGCUCCCAUUUCCAGGUAAUUUCAGGAAGCAAUAAAGGCGCAGAUUGAGUUGAAGAGGCGGUCGGCAACUUUGAUUAAAAAUUAAAAGAUAAACAUUGAGAUAUAGAACAAAAAAAGAUAUGUAGAGCAAUAUUGUUGUACAAACAGCUAAGUGGUGUAGUGGAGCUACCUGUAGGAACCAUUUUCAGGAGUUUUAAUGUGACGUGUCAUUCAAAUCAUAUUACAGGGAUAUGGAAUCGUGUCAGGGUAUAUGGGCGCUUAACAGGGGUGGGUGCUUUUCUUCAUGAUAUACUGUAUAUCUAUGUUCAUACAUCUGUAUCGCAAAGAGACAUUUCACUGAAUAUUUAUUUUUGUUAUCAUCGAAUUGUUAAUCAGUUUGCAUACUGUACAAAAUAAAGUAUAUUUUAAAUAUUUUAAGAGAUAUUUUGUAUUUAACCAUGAAAUUUUAUUUCUCCACACUUAAAGUAUCAUACGUCUGUAAAGUAUCAUGUUGAGAGUACGCAUACUUUUCUAGUGCUUUAAAAUCUUGCAGAGUGAUUCAAGAAGGGAUGGCCCUGUGGUGUGCCUUGAUCACACAAUUCGGUUUCAGUAAGAGAUAGGGUUCAUCGUAGCCUGGGUAGACGUGAUGGGAACUUUUUGAUUGUGCCAUGAUUUCCAAUUGAUAGUGCUUUUUUUCAUAUGCUAACAGAGUCAAUGUUUGCUCUCCAUGUUGUACUCAAUACAUCAAUUCAUUCCAGCUGUAUUUCCUAUGUUGGUGGUCAAAUGUGACCUGUGUCCUAUUUAUGUCUUUGUAUGUCUUCCAAUUCAAAUCAUGCGUUGUUCUGUUGUUGGUUCCUUGAAACAUGAUUAGGAAUAAAAUUGGGAUUUUUUUUCUUUCGCUUCCACCCUUCUUUUCUUCUAUCUAUCUUUUCCUGCUUCCUCUUUUCUUCUGCCUUUCAAUUAACAGUGCGUCAAUGUUUUGGAAAAAAAAAAAAAGUGUUCUGCUGUCCCUAACACUUAUUGCACUAAAGGAUACAAUGCAGUAUGCUUGUUGUUGGCGAAAAAAACAUGUAUAUGCAAAUGUAUGAAAAAAAAGUUUUUCUUUCAAAUACAGGGUUUUUUGAUAAAUCUUAAAUCAAAACAUAAAACGUGAUAUAAAAAAAAGUUCUUUUGGAUAAAACAAGUUUGCAGUUAUGUGUUUUUUCCCCACAAGAGCAGCACUGCAUUGAUGAAAAGUAUAUACAAAAGAUUUGUAGGAAUCUUUCACUCAUCAAGUAUCACUUACUGUUAUGUAGCAUUUUACAGUUGUAGCAUUUGAUCAACUCAGAACUCUGUCUUAGCAUUUCAAACAUUUCUUGUAAAUUUUGAAAAAAUCAUGUCGCCUUAUUCUGUGUGCAUUACAUUACACUCCAGGCAAUGCCAAAUACUAAGAUACUAAGCACUGUUUCAUACCUUAGGUUUUUACAAACAACUUACUGUUUCUGCCAUGUCUCUGGCUGGAGAGGUACAGUAGCAUUGUGGAUAGUUUCCGCUCUUCAUGCUGGUUUUCUGUAGAAAUAUUGAAUCAAAACUGUGAACUUCAGAUAAACUAAAAGCUUACUCUUAAAAGUACAGCGAGAUUCAAUGUUUAAAGACGAACCCAUUGUCAGCAUCACAGGGAGGACAAGCUGGCACGCCCAUAAUUACUAACACAUCUCAUUUUCAAUUCAUUAUAAAGACCGAAAGGCCUCGCCUUGGUCUUGUGUGUAAACUGCCCCUGACAACAUUUAAUUACCUAUUUCAGUACAUAUGCCCCCCAAAUAAUUGGCAUGUCAGGUACACUUGAACAUUGUGUCAUUUGACUUUUUGUACUGCAGGUUACGUGCAACAUGAAGUAAUUAUGCACACUUGUAAUAUUUUCUAUUUUCAUAUGAGAUUUAAGUGCUUUUUGUACUCACUGACAUCUUUUUUUCUUCCUUGCAUGAAAUGCGAGAGAAAGGAGGAAAAAAAAUGUUUUUCAUAAAGUAUAUUUGCAUUUGGUACUCCAAUAGUAAAAACCGGUGGGCAAAACAUUAUGUUUCAUAAUUUAAUUUACAAGACUAUGCCAAGUAUUUAAAUGCUAUUUUUAGAGUAAAUCAAAAGAGAACUCAUUCAUUUUCUUUCUUUAAAACAUGCCUUUAUCUUUGUAUCUAUAAAUAUGAGCAUAAUCCAUAGUCAUGAUUGUGCUACUGUUGUAUGAUACUGCAGUCUGAUUCAUAAAUAAACUCUUUGCAUGAAA